AAAGCAGAUGCCUCGUGAUAAUAAUAGUCAACGCAAAUAUAUUUAUAAUGAUCUAAAAACUAUUGCAAAACCGAGAUGGAAAAGAAGAACAACAAAUGAAAAAAAUUUAACAACUUUAAAAUACAUGAAACUGGAAGAAUACAACAAAAAACAAUUGGUAUAUUUGAUAGAAAUGCUAAAACAUAAAAUUAAAACAAUGAAAAACGUUAAAAAACAUUAUCGAAUCUGUCAAGAUAAUACAACACAACUCAGCACACAAAAAGCAGCGUUACAAAGGAGUUUAACUGCAUGUGAUGUCAAAGUUUCCGAUCUAAAUUUAAAUAUUAGUUCAUUGCAAUCUACACUUGACGGAAGAAACAGAAAGAUUCGCAGCUUGGAAGAUAAUUUGACAAAUUUACAACAUAGCAACAAUGAGCUAAAAGAAAAUCUUACAUUAUGUAUGAUUGAAACUAAAAAGAAUACACAACUUAAAGAAGAACAGGAAGUCACAACACAACUCAACAUACAAAAAGCGGCGUUACAAAGAAGUUUAACUGCAUGUGAUGUCAAAGUUUCCGAUCUAAAUUUAAAUAUUAGUUCAUUGCAAUCUACACUUGACGGAAAAAAUAGAAUGAUUCGCAGCUUGGAAGAAUUUCAACAGAGUAUGAAGACUCAACUGCAAAGCUCUCAAAAUAAAAUCCGAGUCGCGGAGUCAACUUUAAGCAGCUGUCAAUCUUCUUUAAAUCUUAGAGAUAAUCAAGCCGCGGAUUGCGACAGGGAAAGAGUAUGUCAACAUAAUUUGACAAAUUUACAACAUAGCAACAAUGAGCUAAAAGAAAAUCCUACAUUAUGUAUGAUUGAAACUAAAAAGAAUACAAAACUUAAAGAAGAACAGGAAGACACAACACAACUCAAAAUACAAAAAGCGGCGUUACAAAGAAGUUUAACUGCAUGUGAUGUCAAAGUUUCCGAUCUAAAUUUAAAUAUUAGUUUAUUGCAAUCUACACUUGACGGAAAAAACAGAAAGAUUCGCAGCUUGGAAGAUUUCCAGCAGAGUUUGAAGACUCAACUGCAAAGCUCUCAAGAUAGAUUCAGAGUCGCGGAGUCAACUUUAAGCAGCUGUCAAUUUUCUUUAAGUCACAGAGAUAUUCAAGUCGCAGAUUGCAAUUCUAACACAAAGAGCAAUAAUGAAAAGAUUCUCGACAUGGAAAGAGUAUUGCAACAUAAUUUGACAAAUUUGCAACAUAGCAACAAUGAGCUAAAAGAAAAUCUGACUUCAUGUAUGAUUGAAAUUGAAAAGAAUACAAAACUUAAAGAAGAAAAAGAAGUCAAUUGGGGAAGUGCUAAGCCAAGAUUAAAAGAAAAAUACGACAAUUGUCCACCCUUUGGCAACGUAACAGGUGCUAUGUUAAUAUCCGUGCCCAACCAGCAGCCUUUCAAGGUGCCCUGCACCGAAGCCAGUGAUAAAUAUGUCUGGUCAAUUAUUGAGCGUCGGUUGGACCAACAGCUAAGCUUUAACCGUGGCUGGCAGGAAUACCGCGAUGGGUUUGGAAACUUUGAUCGCGAAUUCUUUAUAGGACUGGAAAAACUGCAUCUGAUGACAUCGUCAGAACCUCACAAGCUGUUGAUACGUUUAACUGGUGGAGCUGAAACUAAAAACGCCAUUUACAGCAACUUUAAAAUUGGCAGCGAGAAUGAGGGCUAUCCAAUAACAUCACUUGGCACAUAUUCGGGAGACGCUGGCGAUGGAUUGCGGGAAAGUCUAAAUCAAAAGUUUAGCACCUUCGAUCGCGAUAAUGAUCAAGUUGACGAUGUUAACUGCGCUAAGGAUGUGAAAGGAGGCUGGUGGCUUACGGAUUGUGGCAAGUCAAAUCUGAACUUUAAUGUUUUUCGAAAAGUGUUCUGGAACGAUAUGCUGGGUGGUCCAGUUUCUGUAGAAAUCCUGAUACGGCCAUCAGAUAUUGAUUACAAUUAAUGUGCACUACAUUAACUACUACAUACAAAUAAAAAAAACA